CCGCCCCCAGAGAAUCUUCAGGCUCCGGGUUUCCAUACCCGGUCUUUGCCAUUGCUCGGCAUCCAGGAGAUGCCCGGGGUGUGCAGUCUCACGGCUCGGGCGGGGCCGAGGCCUCCUCCUAAUUCUGGAGUAGAAUAUACGCGGGCCCUCCCUGGUCACUUGUUACCCUCUGUAAAAUCAUGGACUGGAAAGUGGAGGUCACGUGGGCGAUCCCUCUUCCAGCUCUCUCUGCCCAUUUCACAGAUCAGUCAGCUAAGGUGGCGGCCGUGUGCAGCGUAUUGAGCUAGGAAAGAGCAAAGUUUGGACAGGACAUUAUACCUGCUAUUUAGGGUUUCUGGCAUUAAUACUGGAGUGCUUGUUUUACAUAUGAGGAAACUGAGGCAGGCAGGCUUAAGUGACUUCCCCAAGGUCACAAAGCUAGCAUGUGAGACUGAAUUUGAAAUCUUCCUGAUUCCAGCUCUAUCCACUGCCCUACCUGGCCACCAGAAGCCAGCCAUGCCAACGGAUGAAAUAUUACCCUUUAUAGAAGGACGGCAGGCAGAGCAUCAAAAAAAAAAAAAAAAGUAUGUAUAUUUACUUAUAUGUUCUCUAAAUUUACCUAUAGAGAGAUGUAUUUUUAUUUUAUUUUUUCAAAUACACAUAAAGAUAGUUUUCAAUAUUCAUCUUGGCAAAACCUUGUGUUCCACAUUUUUCUUUCUCCAUUCUCCCACCUCCUCCCAUAGCAAGCAUAGAGAGAUGUAUGAUGUAUAAAGGCUGGUGGCACAAUGGAGAGUAGAUUCCAGGCCUGGACUUGAAUUCAGAUCCAGCCUCAAACACUAAUUGAACUUUGCCUCAGUUUUCUCAUCUGUAAAUAAACUGGAGAAGGAAAUGACAAAUACUCUAGUAUCUUUGCCAAAAAAACCCAAAUAAGGACACAGUUGACUACAACUGAAACAACAACAAAAAAUGGUAUAAAUGGAUAGAGAGCUGGAUUCACGUCUUGACACAUGGCAGCUGUGUGAUGAUGGGCAGGUCGCUUAAUAUCCAAUUGUUCUGGUUUAGGAAAUUCAAAGGCAGCAAACUUCCAAGAUGUCAACCUUUUUUGGAAGACAAAAUUUCCUUACCUAAAAGUUCCCCGUAAGAAUGAAAAUCACAGUCCCUAACACACCAUCACUGUGAUAAUAUAUGCUUAAUCAAACAUAUAAAAAUAUACAUUCAUUUUUUCUUCUUUCCCACUUAGUAGUAUUGUAUGUUUUCCAAUUAUGUGUAAAGAUAAUUUUAAAUAUCUAUAAGAUUUUGAUUUCCAUUUUUCUUCCCCCUUUCCCUUCCUCCUCAAGAAAGCAAGUAAUCUGAUAUAUGUGUACAAUUACAUUAAACUUAUUUCCACACUAAUCAUGUUUGUGAAAGAAGAAUCAGAACCAAAGGGGAAAACCACCGCCACAACAAUAACAAAAAACAAACAAUGAAAAUAGUAUGCUUCAAUGUCCAUAUAGACUCCAUAGUUCUUUCUCUGGCUGUGGAUACCAUUUUCCAUCACGAGUCUUUUGGAAUUGUCUUGUAUCAUCGUAUUGCUGAGAAAAGUUAAAGUCUAUCAGAGAUGAGUACAGCACAGUGUUACUAUCAGUGUUCAGUGUUUCACUCAGCAUCAGUUCAUAUAAUUCUUUCCAAGAAAAAAUAUAAAUUUAAGUUAAAUGUAAGUUGAAAAUUUUGAUCAUACAGUCCAAGAGGGGCUAUUGGAGUUUACUGAAAAAGGAUUGGCAUGGUCUGACCUGGGCUAUGAGAAAAUCACUUUGGUCCCUAGGUGGAAGUUACAAGUCAGAGGUCAGUUAAAAGCUAUUGGUAAAAGUCUGGGUGAGAAGCCCAAUUAAGGGUGAAUGGAAACAAAGGGAUCUUUGUGAGAAGUAGAAAGAAGACACCUAUUGAUUGGCCAUGAGGAGUGAGGCAAGAAUUAAGCACUACUUGUGGCAGUUCUUUUUGUAGUGGCAAGGAACUGGAAACUGAAUGGAUGCCCAUCAGUUGGAGAAUGGCUGAAUAAGUUAUGGUAUAUGAAUAUUAUGGAAUAUUAUUGUUCUGUAAGAAACGAUCAGAACCAGAUUAUUGUAUAUGGCAACAUUAAUAUUAUACAACAAUCAAUUGUGAUGGAUGUGACUCUCUUCAACAAUGAGAGGAUUCAAACCAGUUCCACUUGUUCAGUGAAGAGUCAUCUACACCCAGAGAGAGAGCCAUGGGAACAGAGUGUGCAACACAACAUAGCAUUCUUACUCUCUCUGCUAUUUGCUUGCAUUAUGUUUUCUCAGUUUUUUUUUUCUUCCUUCUUGAUUUGAUUUUUCUUGUGCAGCAAGAUAACUGUAUAAAUAUGAACACAUAUGUUGGAUUUAACAUGUAUUUCAACAUAUUUAAAGUGUAUUGGACUAUUGCCAGCUAGAAGGGGGUGGGAGGAAGAAGAGGAAAAUUUGGAACAAAAGAUUUUGCAAGGGUCAGUGUUGGAAAAAUUACCCACGCAUAUGCUUUGUAAAUAAAAAGCUUUAAUUUAAAAAAUAAUAAUAAUGAACUGAUAGAGCAAUUAGUUGGUGCACUGGAUAGAGCACCAGCCCUGGAAUCAGGAGAACCUGAGUUCAAAUGAGACCUCAGACACUUAACACUUACUAGCUGUGUGACCCUGGCAAGCCACUUAACCCCAAACUGCCUUGCCAAAAAGAAAAUAAUUCAUUGAUGGAGAAAAAAGUAAAAGCAUGCUAAGUAAUGUACUGUUUGGAAUCUUUAACUGUUUUGUACCUUAGAGUUUUCUUAUCUAUAAAAGAGAUAAUUAACAUCUGAAGCAUCUCCUUCAAAGGGGCAUUGUGAAACCAAAAUGAGAAUAUAUUGAGAGAACUAUCCAUCCUUUAAAGCACUAUAUUUUUUAAAAAAUAAAGACAUGUGAAAAAAAAAGCCACAUAUUGGAUUGCUUGCCAUCUAGGGGAGGGGUGGGGCAAGGGAAAAUUGGGAACACAAGGCUAUGCAAGGGUCAAUGUUAAAAAAUUAUCUAUCCAUGUUUUGAAAAUAAAAAAGCUUUAAAAAAUAAAAAAUAAAACAAGAAAUUUUAAAAAUAAAAAGAAUUAAGGAUUACAAGAUGGCUUUGAGUAUGAAUAUCAACUUGGGUGCUGGAAUAGGAAAGCUCAGUAGGGUUGAAAGGACCAUAAUCUAUCCUCAGUGACUUGGAAACAAUAAAAUAGGGAGGGGAGAGAUGGGAAACAGGAUCCAAGAAAAUCUUGGGAGGCCCCCUCUCUCAACUGCCACAGCUUCACUAAGUUCGAGGAACAGGUACUUGAUGAGGCUACAAGAGGUCAAUGGUGGGAUACAGUGGGGAAGAUGGCAUGGGCGUUUAUUGUAAACACCAAUUAAAGCAUUUCCACAUACAUAGUAGAGGAGGAAAACGAUCCUUUAUUACAUUCAGAUUAUUUUUCUUUUGGCAUGGAAGUGUUGGAAAUCAGCCCAUGAUUGCUUAUAAUCAGUCCCUCUGGACUUGGGGUCUUGCCACAACCCUUUGGAGAGUGGUCUCUUACUUUGGAGACCACUGGUGUAGACAAUCUCCCUUCUGGCUGUGAUAUCCUAUGAUCCAUGAAAUCAGGCAGGACCCCAGGACAUCAAGCUAUGUGGUUGGACCCCCACCACAGGGUUUCUUCUGGGUUCCUGCCUGACAGAUGGAUUAUUGUAUUCAUGCCCUUGCCCCCCUCAGAGGGCUCACCGCCCACCCCACAGCCACUGCAGCUGCUGCUGUUUCCUGGCAGUGACAUUCACUCCCCAGGUGUCCUGGCUUCAAAGGCACUGGUGGGAGGGAAGAAAGGGACAGCCGACCCUGGGAGUCCAGGGGGCUGGGCUAUUAGUGGAUGGGAGAGGCGGCAUUCCUCCCUGAGCACUAAGCAGAACCAGACCCUGACAGACAGAAUCUCUCCUUGGAGAGGUAAGGAUCAUAGGAUUUAGCAUAGAAAGCAUAAAAUGUACUUAGUCCAAUAUCUUUAUUUUACAAAAAAAAGAAAAAAGAAACAGGCCCAGAGAAGGAAUUAGACUUAAGAUCUGAACCUUGAAUCUGAAGCCUGACUCCACAUCCAGUGCUCACCCAGCCUUUCUGGCCUUCCCGGCAAUGAUCCAUCCCCCCUCAGUCUUGGGCCUGGAGCGAGCCUGGGGGACUCAGGAGGAGGAGGAGGAGAGAAGAUGAAGGAAGCAGACUUGAAAACCACAGUACCUAAACCUAGGAAAGGUUGCAUUUCUCAUUUCUCAGAUGAGAAAAAGCUGAGGUGGGGGUCCAAAGUCACAGUCACAGUGACUUCAGGAGGGACUGGGUGUGGAGGCUAGCAGCUGGCCUUUCUUACUGCAAGGGGAUAGGGAAACUUGAUCCCAUUCCGACAGCUCCAAGUCCCUCUCCCCCAUAUGGCAGAUGUCCAGCAAGAUGACAAGCGGCAGUGACAUAGGUCAAGCGCGCCGGGCAGUGGAGCAGCUGCGGAUGGAGGCUGGCAUUGACCGUGUCCAGGUGAGGGCUCCAGACUGGGAGAGGAUGGGCUGGGGAGGGAUGGGUCUGGUAUCCAAGGCAGCAGGGGAGCUCUUGCAGUACUGUGUGGAACACGCCAAGAGUGACCCAUUCCUCAUGGGCAUCCCAGCUGCUGUCAAUCCCUUCAAGGAGAAGAAGCCAUGUACCAUCCUGUGACUCCCCUCAAGGAACCCUUGUAUCUUUAGACACCUCUGUUGUGAGAGCCUUCCCUUCGAAUUUCAGUACUCCUCACCUUCCUGUCCUAAGCUGCCUGACACCAGGCUCCUAUGGCCCAAGACAGACCCCACCCCACUGUUCCCUCGCUCCCCUGAGACAUUUCCAUCCUGUGACCCCUCCCCUCCAAAAAAAGAACCUUUGAUCUCCUCUCCUGUCCCUUCAAUCCUAGAGUCUGAGGCACAGGAAAAUGCAGGUCAGGCCUUAUUGAAGUCCUCAGUUCCAUGGGAGUCUGAGUCUGUCUGGGAAGGAGAACCAAGAACCUCUCCGACCUCGGAAGGAUCUGGGCGUCCCAUAGAGGCAUUUCACACUCACCCACUGCCCAGUCUCUCCCUCAGCCUCUAAUAAAACACGCUUCUCACAUCCCGGC